UCUGUGAUCAGUGAUCCCCUGGCCAUCCCGAUCGACGCGGUGCAAAAUUGUAAGAAUGAGUCCAAACAAGGUGGCCAAUAUCAGUGGAGAACAAGUAGCCAGGACGACCGUUUAUCCCGGAUCGAAAACUCUACGUUCGAGUUUCACUCUUGAUUACAGGUCUAUCUUCCCACAGUAAUCAAAAUCCAAGUUGUGUCAGACGAGGAAUAUGAGAUCAAAAACUAGUGGCAGACACUGGCUCCAACUCGAGGAAUAUCGAUCGGGAAACGGAUAGGCACUGAGAGGAGCUGCACUAGACGCGCGGCGCACAGGAGAUUGAUCAGCCAACCCCGGAUCGCUCACGCCGCCGCAUGCCAUGAAGAACACGACGACGCAUGUUGAGCCUGAGGGCUGCAAGCGAUGGGCCCCGGCAAUCAACGCCGCGCUCGUUGCCUUCGUACUGAUCGUGCUGCCUCUCUUCGUUCUCCUUGGCGGCCGCAAUGGCGAGAAGCCAGCGGUUUGGAUCAAGACGGCCGUGGGCGACUUACGGCGAGGUUCUGACGAAGUAUCUUUACUGAACGAGAACGUACCAACACACGCUGACAAGCUUCUUGGCGGACUCUUGGUCGAAGGCUUCGACCAAGAAUCCUGCCGCAGCCGGUACCAGUCCGCCAUGUACCGUCGGAACGCCGGCCGGCAACCUUCACAGCACCUCGUCUCCAAAUUGCGGAGCCACGAAGCCCUGCAAAGGCGGUGCGGCCCGGGCACGGCCGCCUACACCAACGCCCUGGAGCAGCUCAAGUCCGGCAAGAGCGUCGUGUCACCGGAGUGCAGGUACCUGGUCUCCAUCUCGUACCGCGGCCUCGGCAACCGGAUCAUCGCCGCCGCGUCGGCGUUCCUGUACGCGGUGCUCACCGACCGCGUCUUCCUCGUCGACCCCAGCAACGGGAUGGACGAGCUCUUUUGCGAGCCCUUCCCCAACACGACGUGGCUGCUGCCUCCGGGCUUCCCGCUCGUGAGCUAUCAGGGCUUUUACCUCUCCACGCCGGAGCGGUACGGGAAGAUGCGAGAGGACGGUGUGCUCAGAACCGGCGAGAUAAACAGGUCCGCCGCCGGAGACCUGCCGGCGUUCGCGUACAUCCAUCUCGACCACAACCAGACGGACGCCGACAAGCUCUUCUUCUGCGAUGAUGACCAGCGGCUCAUGUCCAGCAUCCAGUGGCUGGUGAUGAGGACGGACGGCUACAUCGCGCCAGGCCUGUUCCUCGUGAGGGCGUUCCAGUCAGAGCUCGACGCUCUGUUCCCGGAGCGCGACGCCGUGUUCCACCACCUCGGCCGGUACCUGUUCCAUCCGACCAACCGCGUUUGGGGCCUCAUCACGCGGUACUACGACGCGCACCUCGCGCGGGCACGGCGCGUGGUCGGCAUCCAGGUGCGCGUCUUCCCGUGGCAGGCCGACUCGCCGGAGCUCCUGGAGCAGAUCAAGACGUGCACGCAGAGCCAGAAGCUGCUCCCGGCGGUGCUGGGCGAGGAAGACGACGGGCCGCCGGCGGCCGCGCCCGGUGGCACGGCCAAACCCACCGCUGUCCUGAUCACCUCCCUCAAGGCCUGGUACUACGACAAGAUCAAGGGGGCGUACUGGGAGCGCGCGACGGCGAACGGCGAGGUGGUGGUGGUGGACCAGCCGAGCCACGAGGAGGCCCAGCGCUACCAUGUCAAGUCGCAUGAACGCAAGGCUUGGGCAGAGGUGUACCUGCUGAGCACGGCGGACACGCUGGUCACCACCGCCGAGUCGACGUUCGGGUACGUGGCGCAGGGGCUCGGCGGGAUGAGGCCGUGGGUGCUGAGGAUGGGGAUGAUCAACACCACCGUGAGCUGGCCGUGCAGCAGGGACGUGUCCAUGGAGCCGUGCUACCACGUCGCGCCGGUGUACGACUGCCGGCGACGGGAAGAUGCCGGCAAGAUCGUGCCGCAUGUGCGGCACUGCGAGGACUGGCCCACGGGGUUGAAGCUAGUUGAUCUAAAGGAUUAGUGAAAUAAAGGUUAUAAUAAGAACAUUAUCGAAUUAUCACACAUUGUUGGAGCAUCUAGUUCGAAGUGUAUCCAGAUAUCGUUAUUUCUAACUUGCGUAGGGCUAACCCUAAAAAAAAAACUUGAUCUGAUUACCUUGGCAAAUGAGAACCAUCUUUUUAUUCA